AUGUCAAGAACAAUCUUGGACACUGAGCCUGGCUACUGGGAGAACGCAUUUAAGCUGUGGCAUACAUCUUACAAGGAUUCAAAAUUCAGAUCUGGACUAAUUCAUAGGAGUCAUUUAUGGGGAGAGGUCGAUUCUCAUGAUUUGAAGUACGCGACCAACGUCCCAUCAACUAAAAGAGGAGAAGCAAGACUUUAUGCACCUCCUAGAGGCAUUCCAUACCCACGUGAGUGUUCAAAGCAGAUUAACAAACUUGUCCAAUGCAAAGCUAGCUAUGGAGUCCAUAGUCCUGCAGAUGAUGUUCCUCAAUGCAAUCAAUGGAAAAGUGUUAUCUUUGAGGAAUGCCCUCACUGGGUAGUAGAAAAUUUAGCAUUGAAGAAAAAGGUUGUGAAGAGAUAUGAGAAUAUUGACAAUCUCACAUACCAAAGAGCUAUGGAGAUAUCCGACUAUAAUAAGUAA